GGUCGCGCCCCAUCCCGCGAUAGGUCGUGACUCCCAGGCAGGAGUUUUGCGUGAGCCUCUAGGGGUUAGGUCUGGUACUGCAAUGAACCCCGUUUGACAGAGAUUGGUACUGACGUCCAACGCCGUGGACUCUUAAGAUUCUCUCGCCUGAGGAGUAAUGCCCUGCAGUUCAGCACACAUGUAGCUAGCAUAUCGUAGUUGCAGAAUCCCAAAGAAUGUGAAGGAUCCAGCAGUGAAGAUGGGCCUGACGUUGUCUCUGGAACUCCUUAUCCCGUUGUGUCCAGACGUUGUUCUAGAGUGGACAAAGCCUAUCAGUGCAGGUCGGCUCAGGAAGCAGCAGCAAAAGUGCUUAGCCAAGUGCUUCUUAGAGCCAAACCAAUGACUACAACGCAAAUGGGAAGCUAUGUCUACCAUACUCUCCUUACUGAUGGAAUCACUUACUUAUGUGCUACAGACAAUGCCUUGGAUACGGGGGCACCAUCUGCAUUUCUUAGAGAAGUUAGUGAUACUUUUACAAGAAAUCCUUUGAUGUCACAAGAGCAUUUUUCUCCUUCAAAUGCAGUUGCCGCAGACUUUCAAGAAGUAUUAGGACAGUAUAUGAUGAAAUACAAUAAAAAUCAAGCUAACAGCGUGAUUUCCACAAGGAGGAGUCAAGUGAAUGAUAUAAAAAAUGAUAUGAUCCAAAAUGUUGAUAUAAUUUUGGAAAAAGAAGAAAGAUUAAAUAUUUUCCUUGCUGGAACAGAUGACCCCCCAACAGCUGACAAAGAAUUCCAAAAAACAACAGAGAUUGCUAGGAGGAUAUGGUGGAAAUACUUCACAAAGAUUGUAAUUAUCACCAUGACAAUUCUCCUUUCAAUUAUUAUCAUUCUUUUAAGUACAAAUGUAAUACUACCUUAACCCUCCUCCAUCCCCAACAGUUGCCAAUAAAUUAUUACAUGUGAUUAUAGAGUUCUGUAGUCAACAAUCAGGAAGUCAUUUCCUAGUGGUAGAGGAUUGGAGUAAAAGGAAAUUAGAAGUAUUUUUUCAUCCCUUGACUCUUGUCUCUGUACCUUUUCCAUUUCUUUCAUAUCAUUUGUUCUUUGCCAUUGCUCUGUUACUUCCCCAGCCUCACUUCUUCUUUCUAAGAUGAAGUUCCACUCUCAGCUCUGCCAGACCAUCUGUCUCUCUUAGCCUGUACCCAUUCCUGCACCUGUAAAGGCUCAGAGGUAUUGAAUAGUUAUGGGCAUGUCUUCCACACAGUAAAUGUUAUUUGUGUUAACUAUUAAUAGGAAAAUGUGAUGCCAUUAACGUCAUUGAUUAAACCCCUACAACCAUCCCCCUUAACAAGAAAUUACUUUGAACUUAAAAUAUUCAUACAAACACGAGAAUUUUAUAAGUAGAGUCUAGAAAUACACAUUCACCUCUUCUACAUAUUGUUUCAUUUGAAAUGAAAAUUCAAACUAUUGGGUUUUAUAUGGAGGCAUACCUUUGUAAAAGGAUCCAAAACAUACUAAGCCUCAUCAUUUCUGUAAAUCACAGGUACUCUAUUUUACUUAUCUUUAUUGUUUUGUCAUUUUUAAUACACCUCAUCCAGUAACGAAGAUUUCUAAUAAUUACAGCAUCCAACUUUCUGUGGCACUUAGUUACUAACAAGGUAUCUAUCAUGAGUUCUGUUUCCCAAAUAGGAACUUGUGGUCUGAAGUCAGUUUUUAAAAUUAUUUAAUGACAGGUGUGGUGGCACAUAUCUGUAAUCUCAGCUACUCAGGAGCC